CUGUGGGUUCAAAUCUGACAUCGUGUGAUCCUGAGCGGCCUGCAUGUGCUCGGCUUGGAAACACACAAGGAAUUUAAAGCAAUUGUGUCUCAGACGUUGUAAGUUACCUUGGAUAGAAUCGAUAAGGGGUGUUAGCGGAGACCACUCUAAAGAAAUAAGGUCACUGCUAGGGUCCCGUUGAGUUGAGGGCCAUAUAAUGAGGGUGACAUACAGCACUUUAGAUGAACAUCGCCUUUGAGAACGUGAAUCACACGCUCAGUCCUUCUGGUGUGGCUUUUGUGCCCAUUGACUUGAACCCUGAGCCGGUGGACACGUGUGCACGUCUUCUGAAGACAGGACUGAAAUGCCACCGGUGUGCGAAUGUCAGAAUGUCAGGCCAGGCUGGCCCUUGAGAUGCUCAGUUUGGAAUGUCCUCUGCAGCCUUCAUACUGACGAACGUUUGUUUUCAUUUCAGGUCCUGUGGGCUCAGUGCUGACCACCCAGUGUCUGCACAUCGUCGCUGGCACUCAGGCAGAUGCCCAUGGAAGUGAUAAGAGUUCAGGUCAUUCAAAGUGGUGGAGCCCAAGAUUUCAGACUUUCUGACUCCUCUGAAGGGGGCGCUGGAGAAGACGGACAGACGGACCACAACUGUGCGAGGUCUGCAGGGUCCCCCAGGUCCUCGUGCAGAUUAAGAGCAGCCACCUUCAUCCAGUUCAGGGCUGGGGGGCUGCCUGAAUGGAAUGCCAGCCCACCACAGGACCCACUCACUCCCAUGCCCACAUUCAUGUCUGGGCAUUUUGGACGGGUCGGGUAGAACAUGCAGACUGCACACAAACAACAUCCGGGCACAUCUGAACUGGGCUGGGCGUCGUGGGGUGUACUGGAUUACUAAACUCAGCUCGUCACAGUCCAGGGGUCCUCGCGGCACUCCUCCAUCCUCCCCUCCCCCCACAGGAAGGUCACCCUGUGCCAAACAGCAGAAGCGCCAGCCCAGUCAGCAGGUCCCCUCAGCACACUCCCUGAGUUCCUCUUCUCUGCGGUCUGAGCCGUGUGAACGCUGCUUCAUUGUGCACCACCGGGGUCCUCAGACAACAGACCACCACAAGAGGCCGAGAACGCCAGCGUCGGGGUCUCCUUGUGAGUUCCUGUCAGAGAGGUAAAGGCUGGUCACCUGAGCAGGUUAGCCACACCCCCACUCCCCCCCCCCCCACACCAGAGGGCUCCGGACUCAGAAAGGUCAAAGGUCAUGCCACAUUCACAGGCCUCUUCAUUGAUGGCCUUCACUCACCAUCAUCCUCAUGCCAGUGGCUGGAGCACAGAGAUAUUGACACGAGUGAACUGAGAAGUCGGGCAGGUGACAACUGGUGUCACCAAAGUGACCAAAACUGAAGGGACGAGCAGCACUGAAAGCAAAUGAAAGGACACAAACGACGCAAGACACGAGGCGUCAUCUUUGGGAGAACAAAAUGGAGACGCGACGUGAUGUGCCUCUCGGGCAUUGAAAGGUGGCAUCACGUGACACGCGCCAGUCCACAGUGUCAGCAGAAAGACCACAAACAGGGAAAAUGAAAGAAGAAAACCCAAGAGCAGGAGUGGAGACCCCCGGAGUGGAAAUUCAUUUGGAGGGACCCAGCGAGAUUCAGGGUCAGCCUCCCGGACAGGGGGUCUCCUCUCAGCUGUCAGCCUCGUCGUGUUCGGAUGUUAAUUAGGCAGUCACGAUGCAGGGGUCCCGAACUGUGGCGUGACAUGUUAAGGCCAAGGAGGUCACCAUCUGUGAGGGGCGCAUCACGUCACUCAGUACCCUUAAUAACGGGAUGAGGUUAUUCAGAGGCUCGUUCAGAAUUUAGGGACCCCUUCUGGCUUCAGAUGGCUGCAGACCUGAAAUGUAAAGCUGCUUCUGGACGAUCACGUAUGGUGGUCUCUGUGUAUGGUGGUCUCUAUGAUGUCCCUCGGCCCACUACACCAAUGCACUGCCAUCCUCACAGUUUCCUUUGAUUUAGGUCCAUGGAGGUGACCGAGGCCUGGCCUGUCCCCAUACUGGUUGUGACUUCCUUUGCUGUCCCCCAUAAAACAAGUGCCUGGAGGGUAACUACUGCCCCCCCAACCCCCCUUAAUAAGUGCUCAGUAUCUAGAGAGUGACCAGGGCACUUGAUGGGCCAGCACUGAAAAGGACAUGCCGCCUCUGCCCAGGAUGUCUACAGCCUGUGAAGCACAUGAGACAGAUGGCAGUGGCUGCCAGUCAUGUGCCACUUUGUGGGCAUAGCAAGAGCUCUCUAUGUUAGUGCCAGCACCCCUGAGCUGCUCCGCUUUCUGUCACUCACCCGUUCACACCCCCGUGGCAGCGAUGGCACUAACUGGUCAAGCUGAAGACACUAACCCAGUGUGCCACGGCCGAGCCACUGUCCUCCAGAAGCCCCUCACAGAGGUCAGCGGCCUGCUGACACAAGUCAUCUCAUCGGCGGCUCCAGCGAGCGGCCGGAACUCAGCUGCUGCUUUCACUUCCCCAAGAAGAUGAAUUAAAAACACCGACGGCUGCCGGUGGUCUUCAGAGGUGACCACACAGCUGCGAUGGAGUCGGCAGAUGGCACAUUCUACACUGAGAUGGACACGGACGCGCUCGAAUCCAAAGGGCCGCCAUCAUGGAGGACGACAGGUGCGCCGCUCAAACUGCGCUGCCCAGUGCGGCCACUUUACAUCGUUGGGGGCGGCAGUGCCCUUCUGUGGAUUGUCCUUUUGUGUCUUCACGUCACCAAAUCUUCAGAAAUGUCGGCAAAAUUUGAGCUUCUGAGAGCAGAAGAGGCGAAGAUCAGAGAGAACUUCAGCCACUUUGAUGUUGGAUCCAUGAAAGCAACAAUUCAAGAACUCCAAGCAAAAGUCUCUGAAGUUUCGUCGCAGAUGAAGAACUGGCAGAGUUCAGACCAUGAAGUGUCAGCCAAGUUCAGAAAGCUGGAAUCGGGCCUGAAGGAGCAGCUCUCCAACAUGUCAUCUCAGCUGGAUAAUCUGCGGCGGGCAGCCACGGACAUGUCCUCGAAGAUCAGGAAGGUGGAGUCGGACCUGAAGGACGUGGCGGCCAGUAACCACUGGAGGGACUUUGAUGGGCACAAGUACUACUUCUCGACCAAGAUGAACAGCUGGGAGUUUGCACGCAACGCCUGUGCCAACGUGUCCUCCUACCUGGUGGUGAUCACCUCUGAUCUGGAGAAGGCCUUCAUCAGCAGUCACAUUCUAGACAAGUCCUGGGUUGGACUGAAUGAUCUGGACAAAGAGUCCGUCUGGAAGUGGAUAACCGGACAGCCUAUGGACAAGAGGUUUUGGGAACCCGGUGAGCCGAAUAACGCGGGCAACGAAGAUUGUGGGGAGCUGAUGAAAAACGGAAGGAUCAACGACAUUCCGUGUGCGGAGCAGAGGCUGUGGGUCUGCGAGAAAGAGGGGGCUGCAGAGCAAGGCAAGGGUCUCAAUGGAGAUUUGGGAAUAAAUAAGUAAAUAAAUAAACAAAUAAAGAAACAAUCAAACAAUGUGUCACUGAGUCUCUAACGGCUCCAAUUUAACAGACGC